GAUAAAAUCCCCUAGAUUUUUCAACCAAAUCUCUGCAUCCCUAUCCGACCACCUUUAUUUCCUCUACCCAAGACAUCUAGGUACCUAAUUGACAAUCCCUCCUUCGCAAUUCAUCAUUGUAUCUCAAUCAUCGGCUUGUCGCGCCGUGAAGAAUCUGCCACCAGCUCCCAGACCUGCCGCUGAACCAAGUCGCCGGGAUGAGCAAGAAAAAGCCCAAUGACGACGAGCCCCCUCGGGUCUCGGGCCAGUCCAAUGAGCCGCUCUCGCGUCCGAUCCACGCCCUGUCGGUUGGCCAGUUUCUGGACGAGAUCCGGGCCGACGCCGACAACGGCCUGACGUCUGACGAAGCGCGCCUCCGCCUGCAGCAGCACGGCAACAAUGACUUUGGCGACAGCGAGGGCGUCCAGCCCGUCAAGAUAUUCGUGGCGCAGUUCACAAACGCCCUGUCUCUAGUCCUGAUCCUAUCCAUGGCCGCUAGUUUCGGCAUCGAAUCAUGGAUAGAGGGCGGCGUCAUUACCGCCGUCAUUGCGCUCAACGUUAUCGUCGGCUUCUGGCAGGAGCUUAAGGCCGCCAAGACGCUCGACUCGCUCCGCUCGCUUAGCUCCCCUACGGCCCGCGUUAUCCGGGAUGGUACCAACAUUACCAUCCCGACUGUUGAAAUCGUUCCUGGCGAUAUGGUCGAGCUGAAAACCGGAGACACUGUCCCUGCAGACACCAGACUGGUCGAGGCCAUCAAUUUCGAAACGGAUGAAGCUCUUCUAACCGGAGAAUCUCUACCGGUCCGCAAGGAAGUCGAACUGGUUCUCGACGACGAUACCGGCCCCGGAGACCGCCUCAACGUUGCCUUCAGCUCCUCCACUGUCACCAAAGGUCGGGCUCGCGGUAUUGUCUUCGCGACCGGCCUGGCUACUGAAAUCGGUAUCAUCGCAUCUGCCCUCCGCGGAAAAGAGUCCAAACGUCGCCAAGUAAAGCGUAAGGAGGAUGGCAGCGCUUCGCCCUUAAGACACGCUCAGGCGUGGUCCCUGACCUUUACCGAUUCCAUCGGCCGGUUUCUCGGCGUCAACGUCGGGACACCUUUGCAGCGAAAGCUGUCCCAGCUUGCCGUGUUCCUAUUCUUCGUCGCUAUUGUCUGCACCAUCAUCGUGUUGGCUGCAAACAGGUUCCUUAGCAACAAGGAGGUUAUCAUUUACGCCGUGGCCACCGGCGUCAGUAUGCUUCCGGCAUCUCUUAUCGUUGUUCUGACGGUCACGAUGGCAACCGGAACGAAGCGCAUGGUCAAGAGGCAUGUGAUUGUUCGCAAUCUUCGGAGCCUAGAAGCCCUAGGAGGCGUCACAAACAUUUGCUCCGACAAGACCGGCACUUUGACCCAAGGCAAGAUGGUGGCCAAAAAGGCUUGGAUCCCGGGCAGAGGCACGUACUCUGUGAGCACAACCAAGGAACCGUUCAACCCGACCGUGGGCAGCGUUAGCUUGUUGCCCAAGGAGCCCGGCCAGAUCGAUGGUCGUAGCCAAGAGUCCGAAGGCGACGCUGUAGACACCAUGGCAGCAACUGCAGGCGACGAGAUGCUGCGCACUUACCUGAACAUCGCCUCUCUUGCCAAUAUUGCGAACGUUCACAAGACCGGCAACGACUGGCACGCUCGAGGGGACCCCACCGAGAUAGCCAUCCAAGUCUUUGCUUCGAGGUUCAACUGGAACAGGCUGCGAUUUACAUCCGGAGACAGCCCCCGGUGGCGACAGGUGGCCGAGUUCCCCUUCGAUUCCGACACGAAAAAGAUGUCUGUCGUGUUCGAGGAAACGGCCAGUCGCGGCCUCCAUGUGUUCACCAAAGGUGCCGUCGAGCGCGUGCUCUCAAGCUGCGCAACUAUCGCUAUAGGCGGGAACGGCAAGGAGGACCAGGACACCAUUGUCCCGAUCACGGACGAGCAUGUCUCUGGAAUCAUCGCGAAUAUGGAAUCGUUGGCCCGCAUGGGUCUUCGGGUGUUGGCCCUUGCCAAUCGCGUCGACGACAUCCCAGAGAUCAACGAGAAGGACACGCCAGAGAGAGCCGAGUACGAGGCGGACCUGACUUUCCGUGGCUUGAUAGGGCUGUACGAUCCUCCCCGCCCUGAAUCGGCCGAAAGCGUCCGCAUGUGCCACCAGGCCGGCAUCUCGGUCCACAUGCUCACUGGCGAUCACCCGGAAACCGCCCGCGCCAUCGCCAUCGAGGUCGGCAUCUUGCCCAAGCGCAUGGCUGAUAUUGGCCGCGAGACGGCCCGCACCAUGGUUAUGGCCGCAUCCGAGUUCGACAAGCUGGAUGACGCCGAGGUCGAUGCCAUGCCGCAGCUGCCGCUGGUGGUGGCGCGCUGUGCGCCCAACACCAAGGUGCGCAUGAUCAACGCCCUUCACCGCCGCAACAGGUUCGCCGCCAUGACGGGUGAUGGUGUCAACGACAGCCCCUCGCUCAAGUGUGCCGAUGUCGGCAUCGCCAUGGGCCAGGCGGGGUCCGACGUUGCCAAGGAAGCUGCCGAUAUCGUGCUCACCGAUGACAACUUUGCGAGUAUCCUCAAUGCUGUGGAAGAAGGCCGACGUAUGUUUGACAACAUCCAGAAGUUCAUCCUGCACGUUCUUGCGGAGAAUGUCGCCCAAGCCUGCACACUCUUGGUUGGUCUGGUCUUCAAAGAUUCGGCCGGGAUUUCCGUUUUCCCGCUCGCCCCCGUCGAGGUCCUCUGGGUGAUCAUGGUAACCUCGGGCUUGCCGGACAUGGGCCUAGGCUUUGAACUGGCAGCCCCUGACAUCCUUACACGUCCUCCGCAUGAUGUCAAGACGGGCGUCUUUACAUGGGAGCUCCUACUCGAUAUCGCAGUCUACGGACUCUGGAUGUCAGCCUGCUGCCUUUCGUCAUUCGUCGUUGUUGUCUACUGGUUCGGGGACGGCAGGCUCGGUGACGACUGCAACAACAAAUUCUCGGAAGACUGCAAGCUCGUGUUCCGGGCUCGGGCGACCACCUUCGCGUGCCUCACUUGGUUCGCACUCUUCCUGGCCUGGGAGGUGGUGCACCCCCGGCGGUCCUUCUUCAACCUCCGGAACAGCGGCGGCUCCAUCUGGACGCGCUGGAUCCGGGACGCGUGGAUGAACCGGUUCCUGUUCUGGGCCAUCGUCGUCGGGUUCGUCACCAUCUUCCCGACGCUCUACAUCCCGGUGCUCAACCACGAGGUCUUCAAGCACGACGGCAUCACGUGGGAGUGGGGCGUCGUCGUGGUCGAGCUGGUCCUCUUCUUCCUGGGCGCUGAGGGCUGGAAGUGGGCCAAGCGCAUCUACUUCCGCCGGCAGCUGAAAAAGACGGACCCUCAGGCGGCCAAGGGCGACCUCGAGGCCCGGGUCUUUGGCGCGUACCUUGAGCAAGGGUCGGGAGACCAUGUCGGGCGUGGACAGGUCGAGCGCAAGGAGGACGGCCCUGCUAUCGCUGGCGAGAGCUCGCAGGAGAAAGCCCAAUAACAACUACAGACACGCGAGAGCGUGGCCCAAAGUCAAGUCCAGGUGAGUGGGCGCCCUUGGCGUUGUUGUUGGUGGUGGUUUGGACGGGUGGUUUCGGGACAAGGGCAAGGUCCCUCUUGGCGAUGGUGGGGCUGGAGCAGCAGCAUGCAUUUUCAACAAAGGCUUCGCUGGCUGCCCAGAACGGCCCUUGUCGAACUUUGGACGAGGGACGGUGGAGGAUUCAUUUCGUGGAAUCGCCGCCUUUCGGUGGUGGUUUAUGGGCUGCAGAGCUCUCUGCGGUCAUUCCGGUCCUGGGCGAGCUAUCAAACAGAUGGCCGCGAUAUGGUCCCAGUAGAUAGAAGGAGGGGAUAUGAGGGUAUUUUGGUGCCAGACAAUAGUAAACAUAUUUCCCCA